UUCUUUUUUUUUUUUCUCUGCAAGUCUCAGGGACAGGAGGAGGGGCGCCACGGCCCCAUGUGUGGGAGGAUUGCUUCAGUUCCACAAACUUGCACGGAUUUGGGUUACAACUUUGGCCCGUGGCUCGGCCCCGGUUCCCUCCGAAUUGCUGCAAAUUCGCCAUUGUUCCCGGGCUGCUGGCAAAGUUGGAGCCGGAAUUUCUUUUCACCCGGGAGCCGGCGGUGUCGAAGCGUCUGCAAUGAACCCCGUGAAUGCUACUGCUCUCUACAUUUCCGCGAGCCGCCUCGUGCUCAACUACGACCCCGGAGACCCCAAGGCGUUUACCGAGAUUAACAGGCUCCUGCCUUACUUCCGACAGUCCCUCUCGUGCUGCGUUUGCGGACAUUUGCUGCAAGAUCCCAUUGCACCCACCAACUCCACCUGCCAACAUUAUGUCUGCAAAACUUGCAAAGGCAAGAAAAUGAUGAUGAAACCGUCCUGUAGUUGGUGCAAAGACUAUGAGCAGUUUGAGGAAAAUAAGCAGUUAAGCAUCCUAGUGAAUUGCUACAAAAAACUAUGUGAAUAUAUAACACAGACUACAUUGGCACGGGAUAUAAUAGAAGCAGUCGACUGUUCUUCUGAUAUUUUGGCUUUGCUUAAUGAUGGAUCAUUGUUUUGUGAGGAGACAGAAAAACCCUCAGAUUCAUCCUUUACUCUGUGUUUGACACAUUCCCCUUUACCUUCAACCUCAGAACCCACAACUGAUCCUCAAGCUAGUUUAUCUCCAAUAUCAGAAAGCACUCUCAGCAUUGCUAUUGGCAGUUCUGUUAUCAAUGGUUUGCCUACUUAUAAUGGGCUUUCAAUAGAUAGAUUUGGUAUAAAUAUUCCUUCACCUGAACAUUCAAAUACGAUUGAUGUAUGUAACACUGUUGACAUAAAAACUGAGGAUCUAUCUGACAGCCUGCCACCUGUCUGUGAUACAGUAGCCACUGACUUGUGCUCUACAGGCAUUGAUAUCUGCAGCUUCAGUGAAGAUAUAAAACCUGGUGACUCUCUGUUACUGAGUGUGGAGGAAGUACUCCGGAGUUUAGAAACUGUUUCAAAUACAGAGGUCUGUUGUCCUAAUUUGCAGCCCAAUUUGGAAGCCACUGUAUCCAAUGGACCUUUUCUGCAGCUUUCUUCUCAGUCUCUUAGCCAUAACGUUUUUAUGUCCACCAGUCCUGCACUUCAUGGGUUAUCAUGUACAGCAGCAACACCGAAGGUAGCAAAAUUGAAUAGAAAACGAUCCAGAUCAGAAAGUGACAGUGAGAAAGUUCAGCCACUUCCAAUUUCUACCAUUAUUCGAGGCCCAACAUUAGGGGCAUCUGCUCCUGUGACAGUGAAACGUGAGAGCAAAAUUUCUCUUCAGCCUAUAGCAACUGUUCCCAAUGGAGGCACAACACCCAAGAUCAGCAAAACUGUACUUUUGUCGACUAAAAGCAUGAAAAAGAGUCAUGAACAUGGAUCUAAGAAAUCUCACUCUAAAACCAAGCCAGGUAUUCUUAAAAAGGACAAAACAGUAAAGGAGAAGAUUCCUAGUCAUCAUUUUAUGCCAGGAAGUCCUACCAAGACUGUGUACAAAAAACCCCAGGAAAAGAAAGGGUGUAAAUGUGGGCGUGCUACUCAAAAUCCAAGUGUUCUUACAUGCCGCGGCCAACGCUGCCCUUGCUACUCUAAUCGCAAAGCCUGCUUAGAUUGUAUAUGUCGUGGCUGCCAAAACUCCUAUAUGGCCAAUGGGGAGAAGAAGCUGGAGGCAUUUGCUGUGCCAGAAAAGGCUUUAGAGCAGACCAGGCUCACUUUGGGCAUUAAUGUGACUAGCAUUGCUGUGCGUAAUGCUAGUACCAGCACCAGUGUAAUUAAUGUCACAGGGUCCCCAGUAACGACGUUUUUAGCUGCCAGUACACAUGACGACAAAAGUUUGGAUGAAGCUAUAGAUAUGAGAUUCGACUGUUAAAUCAGUGGGUCUUUAAACCUACCUCUGGUAGGGAAAAUAGCUACAGUUUUACGGCAGCUAUGGUUUUGUUGGUUUAACUUGCCGGAGCUCCUGCAUAUAGAUCACUUGUAUCAAGUGUUUUCAUUGCUAAGUUAUAUGUGUUAGUGUCGGGGAAAUAGUUUGCAGAUAAUGGAGGAGUAACCCUACAACUAUAUGUCCUUAGUUCUUACAGAACCUCAUAGUUUGAGAACAAAUGCUGAUGCAACUGAUUUAUACAAAAUGAACUUUGGCAAGGAAAAUAACAUUAACCUCAUUGUUUAUGGUCAUGCUUUGUGCAUAAUCAAAGUUUAUGAUUAAAUGUAAGAAGUGGUAUCUAGUCAGUCCAUAAAGAUUGUGCAAAGUUUUGUGGAAAAGUAGCCAUUACUUUUCAUUUACUGUUCGGGAAACUCAGUGUUGCCUUAGGAUGCCAUUGAUGUUUCUCUUGUUGAAAAGCUGAUGUGUCCAGCACAACCUUUGUGCUGACAUAAUACCAUUUCCGAUCAUGAAAAUUGGCUACUGGUGUAUGUAGCAGUUCUUAAAUCAGCAGUAUUAUGAAAGAAAAUUUGCCCCUCAUUAGAAUGUUGAAGAAAUCUGUCUUUUUAAAAGUGAACAGACUGAAAUUCUGUCAGACUGCAAAUGUCUAACUCUUUAUGCUACAGAACUCUUCUGAGUUUAUUCUAGGGACAAAUUCAAAAUCCUUCACUUGGAGCAAUGUUCUAAUUAAAUGAAGUGGAGAAGAGCAGUUUUAUUCUGAAGGUAAUUAGACUAUAGAUGACAUUAAAAUUAUUUAAAAAAUAAAAUUAUUAAAAUGUUUUAAUUAGAAAUUGGGAUUUAAAAUUAUUUGGAAUAAUGCCCCCAUAUGUAUCCAGAUUUAUGCAUUAUACGUAUUGCCAUUGGCCAUUUUGAUUUUUUAAAAAUUUCCUUGAAUAGUUUGCCACUUUAUUUUGAAUAUGCUCCCCCUUAUUUUUUUAGGGUGCUAUUCUUAUGAAGGCUUUUUAUAGAAGCCUAAUAAAAAAUGUUUUUUUAUGAAGCCUGUGCAUUUGGGUAGGUUUGAAGCUAGGAAGAUUUUCUUUAGAAUGCUCUUUUGCAUGUAAAGCACAAACUGUUUGAGUUUCAGUGCGCUUCUUCCUAUGGGGAAGACAAGUGAGUCACAUUCUGUUAAAGGGAAAUCUAGUCAGUUGCUUGAAAGAGCACAGUCCACACAAAACAAGGGCUGACUAGGUUGGAAAGAAAUGACCUUAUGAUUUAAGAGUUGCUGCUUUGACAGUGCUUAAAGAAAAAUACUGCUGGAAAAGAUACAAUUUCUACUACGUUCACCAUCUCAUGAGAUCUGGCAUAUGUUGAAGUUAUGUUUUGAUUUGGCACACAGCAUGUUCAAUGAUGGUUACUCGCCUAAUACAAGACAUGGAGAAGAAACCGUUGGACACAGAGCAGAUGACACCUCCUUCUGUUUUGUAGUGUAUCCUGGUGUCAUUUUCUGUGAAUGUGGUCAGGUAGAGUUGUUUUUGUUGUUGUUGUUGGGCUUUUUUUUUUUCUGUCUUUUUUGGUGGGGUGGGGGUGGGCUAAAGCCAUAGGAAGAAAAAUGUGAUGUAUGUGUCCAGUAUGUACUAUUUUGUUUUUUUGUUUUGCAAGAAGAGUUGAACUAUUUUUGAUAACAAGAGUAAAUGGUGGAAAAUGCUUCUUAGUUGUCUUGUCUUUAUUUGCUUUCGAAGUUUUGGAAUUUUAUUUAAUUCCUUUAAGUGUUAGCAGUGUCUUAAGAAACAUGUAUUUGCCUAAAGUUUGUAACAGUUUUGUGUUGAACCCAGAUGCUCUGCUAUAUAAAUUUGUAAAUCUGUUCUUUAUUCAAUAAGAAUCGCUUAAAAAAUGGCUAGAAAUAAGAUUGUAUACUUGGAUGAUUAGGUAUAUUUUGCAACUCUCCCAAACUUCCCUACCACUCUUAAAAUUCACAAGGUACUUUAUUGCUUCCCGGGUUUGAUAAUUUUAGAUUUGUGUUUUGAUGCAUGGGAGGUUGGCAAUAUAGACACAGUAAAAAAUUAAUAUGUGAGGGCCUUGAUUCUUCUGUAAUAUUGCAAUGAGGAAUUCAGGUUGUUCUUAGCACAAGUUUCUCUUUUUUAUGCUGGUAUUCUCACUGCCACAUUUUUUGAAACCUGUAUUACACCUUUAAACCUAUCAAUAAAUGUUAGUUUUCUAA